CAUGUCGAGUCGAACGACGAAUGUUAUUCAUUUGACAUUGAGAAAGCUGGCCCCGUAUUUACCAACCGAAAGUCGUCGUGGCCGGAUUAGCAAACUUCGAGCUCCGUGAAGGUUUUCGCUUUGUUGAAGGAUUGAAUUUUGGCUUUUCCAGAGGUCUUUUCGCGUGGUUCCUGUUAGUUUGGUGGGUAGCUGGUCCGAGCAGAUUCUUUGGAAGAUUCAGUCGUGGCGCGGCGGUUCGAGAAUAAGGUCGAAAUCAGGACAUUCUAAACGCUGUUGAAAGUUGUUCUAGAUUUGUGCAAUUCGAAACGGUGUUUCGCAAUACUUGGUGGUCCCUGUAGUCUGUUGAGAGUGGUGUUACAACACAGUUUAGCUUUUAUUUGCUAUCGUAGUCUGGUUGCUUCAAGAUGUCCAAGGAGCUACUAUCGGAGGAUCCUGUGUAUCAGCAGAUCCAGCAGUAUUACCAGCAACAUGGUGAUUCGAUUAACAUCAAGAAAAUCUUCCAGGAAGAUGACAUUCGCUUCGAUAAGUUCAGUUUGAGGGUGUCCACUCCGGCCGAUGGCGAUAUUUUGCUGGACUAUUCCAAGAAUCGCGUAACCGAUGAGCUGUGGAGUCUGAUGCUGGAAUUGGCGGAGUCUCGUGAUGUCGCCAAAAUGCGGAAUAACAUGUUUGCCGGUGAUCGUAUCAACAUCACCGAGAAUCGUGCUGUUUUGCAUAUUGCAUUGAGAAAUCGUUCCAACACACCCAUCUUGGUUGAUGGCAAGGACGUUAUGCCGGAAGUGAACGCCGUGCUGGAGCACAUGAAAGAGUUCACAAACCAGGUUUUGGAUGGCGUUUGGCGUGGUUAUACCAAUCGCAAAAUUAGCGAUGUCGUCAAUAUUGGCAUUGGUGGUUCCGAUUUGGGUCCACUUAUGGUUUCGGAAGCUUUGAAGGCUUACAACACCGGCAUUCGAUCGCACUUUGUGUCCAACGUGGACGGAACACACAUUGCCGAAACUUUGAAAAAGCUUGACCCGGAAACUACUCUUUUCAUCAUUGCUUCCAAGACUUUCACGACCCAGGAAACCAUCACCAAUGCGACUGCUGCUAAGAACUGGUUCUUGGAACAUUGCAGCGAACCUUCCGAUGUUGCAAAGCAUUUCGUGGCUCUGUCCACCAACAAGGAAAAGGUCGCCGCCUUCGGCAUUGACACCAAGAACAUGUUCGAGUUCUGGGACUGGGUUGGCGGACGUUACUCGCUGUGGUCUGCCAUCGGUUUGUCCAUCGCAUUGGCUAUCGGUUUCGAUAACUUCGAAAACCUCCUGGAAGGCGCCCACUUCAUGGAUAAGCAUUUCAUGACCGCUCCUCUGAAUGAAAAUGCCCCGGUCAUCCUGGCCCUGAUGGGCAUCUGGUACUCGAACUUCUACGGUGCCGAGACACAUGCGCUGCUGCCGUACGAUCAGUAUAUGCACCGGUUUGCGGCCUACUUCCAGCAGGGCGACAUGGAGAGCAACGGCAAGGGUGUCACCAAGUCCGGCAAGCGGUGCAACUUCAACACCGGUCCGAUCGUGUGGGGCGAGCCCGGCACCAACGGGCAGCAUGCAUUUUACCAGCUCAUUCAUCAG